UACGAAGUUGGUACUGUAAAGUGUUUUGCGAUUGAAUCAGUAGAAAAAAAUUUAUUAACAGCAAAAAAAUGUUCAAAUUCAUCUGUUUAUUUGCCUUGAUCUCAGCUGCUUUUGCCGCCAGCAUUGGCAAUGUUGAGAGCACAACAGAAAAGCGCCAAAUCAUUCCUCUUCUUAAGUACGAACGUGAAAACAGUCCCGAUGGUUCUUUCAAAUUCAGCUAUGAAGGUGGUGAUCAAACAUUCCGUGAAGAAACCGCCCAUGUUGUAGAUGCCGGCACUGAAGAUGAAGCCUUAGAAGUAUCUGGCUCUUACAGUUACGUCGAUGAAGAAGGCCGUACCAUUGAGGUUCACUAUACUGCUGGUAAGAAUGGUUUCGUACCCUACGGUACCAACAUUCUCUCCGAAAUCUCUGCUGCUGCUAAAGCUGCUGCCGAUUUACCUCAUCCCAGUGAGGAAGAAUUGAAGCGCAAGAGCCGUUCCAAUAAAGUAGAAGAACCCCAAGUUGAAGAACACAAGGUGGAAGAAGAACACAAGGAUGAAGAAGAACACAAAGCUGAAGAAGAGCACAAAGCUGAAGAAGAGCACAAAACUGAAGAAGAACACAAAGUUGAAGAAGUUAAAGUUGAAGUAGUAGAAAUCCCCGCCGUGGAAAUGCAUGAAGAAACUAAAACCGAAACUGCCUAAAUUGUGGAAAUACUUACAAAGCGAAAAACCAAGAAAAUGUGAUAUGGCUAAAUGGUGAACUAACUAACUAACACGAUUAGAUAUUUAUUAUAAAUAAUACUUAUGUAUGUUUUUUUAUCUUCUCUCUACUAUCAAAACUUUAAUAUUAUUUGAGCAUUUCAUUUAGUGUAAACUUAAGUCAACGCAAACAAACUCUGUAAACAAGUUCUUCAAAUAACUAUCUACUCUCUAUAACACUCAGGGAAUACAGUAGAAAACGAAGAAAAUAUUUUAAUUGAAUUUAGGUAUUUAUAGUUAAAUACGAAUGUACAUAAAUUAAAUGUGUGUGUACAAUUAUUGGUUGUUGAUAAUACAAUUUAAUAAAUAAAUUUAGAUUUAAUUGAAAAAACAAACUUAAAAAA